GCGCACAUUUCUUUGAUCCCCCCCUCCCCCUUCAACAACAGCUGACGUCAUCGCGUGUAUCACCUCCUCCUCCCGGAGUGCAGUUAGUGUGUGCGGCCGUGCUCGAGCACAAGCAGGUCUGGGCGCGCGGAGAAGGGGUUUUUGUCUCGCGGAGCGAAGUGGUCUGUUCCUCAGAAGGCUCGCGCACACCGAAGGAACAGCAGCACGCAGCAACGAACAGAACAAAGGGAUUUAAUUUAGCCGCCUGUCUCCUCGUGCCUGCUCCGGUCUCUUCCUGCUGUAAGCUAGCCGGGGACAUUUCACCAGGACAGUCCUGCCACUACGUUCUCGACCGAGGUUUAUUAUGGAGGAGCAGCUGCUGUGCUGCGAGGUGGACUCUAUCAGGAGAGCCCACCAGGACGAGAACCUACUUAAUGACCGAGUCCUACAGACUAUGCUGAAGGCAGAGGAGAACUACUUACCGUCCCCCAACUACUUCAAGUGUGUUCAGAAAGAGAUUAUACCCAAAAUGAGGAAAAUACUAGCCACUUGGAUGUUGGAGGUCUGCGAAGAGCAGAAGUGCGAGGAGGAGGUUUUUCCGCUGGCGAUGAACUAUUUGGACAGAUUUUUAUCAGUGGAGGCCACCAGGAAAACAAGACUGCAGCUGCUAGGAGCAACCUGCAUGUUUCUAGCAUCCAAGAUGAAGGAGACUGUCCCCCUCACUGCAGAGAAGCUCUGCAUCUACACGGACAACUCGGUCCUACCCGGGGAGCUGCUGCAAAUGGAGCUGCUGGUUCUCAGCAAGCUCAAGUGGGAUCUGGCUUCAGUCACUCCUCAUGACUUCAUUGAGCACUUCCUGUCCAAGUUGAAGAUUCACCCCUCCACAAAGCAGAUCCUCAGGAAACACGCUCAGACCUUCGUGGCGCUCUGCGCAACAGAUGUCAACUUUAUUGCUAGUCCUCCAUCAAUGGUGGCAGCAGGAAGUGUGGUGGCUGCUGUUCAAGGUCUCUACCUGAAAAGCCAAGACGCCUCCCUCUCCUCACCAAACCUCACCAACUUCCUGUCACAGGUCAUUCGCAGUGACCCGGACUGUCUGCGGUCGUGUCAGGAGCAGAUAGAGUCGCUAUUGGAGUCCAGUCUGCGACAGGCUCAGCAACACGGUGGCGCAGCAGAAACCAAACGCAUGGACGAGGACGCCGACCUGUCCUGCACGCCCACAGACGUGAGAGACGUCAACAUCUGAGGAAGACCGCAUGUCGCACGAUGAACCUGUUGAUGGAGGAGACAGAGGGAACUGAUGGAAGGCUCGCUCCCAUUUCUGCGUGCCCAUCUUUUCCUGCUCCUGCUCCUGCUUCCUGGUUGGCCGCCAACAAGGCUUAUAAUUCCAUUAUGUGCUAUGGCUGCCAUGACGAGACAGAGUGGCCUGCUGCCAUGCAGCACACCCCAUGUCCCAUUUCUUGCCAGUGACCCCCACCUACAGAAAUGUACCUGAGAAAAGGAUGAUGCUGGGCGUCUUACAGGGCUGGAGCUGGAGCCUCAGAAGCGGACAGUCUAGUAGAUAGCUUUUGUUUUUCUUUUAAUACACUAGGAAUAUUUUAAUGACCACAAACAGUCUUCAGUUUCAGGUCUUCUCCUGGUCUCUGGCCUUUAUUAAAGCUGUUUUGUUUAUUUUUUUUUUCCAUUCCCUUUGUCUUAUAUAGAACGACUUUAUUCCAUCUGCCCAACUUCUCAUGUUUGUCUCAUUUAUCCCCUCUUGCAUAUGUUUAGUCACUUUAUUAAUUUCCUUUUUAAACAUCAUUAGUCUUAUACCUCUUCUGUUCCAUCCUGUUUGGUUUGGUAGAGCCAGCAUAACGAGUGACGCUCUGUAUUCUGAUCUUUGAAGCUAGCAGCUACUGAUGUGGACAAAUGGAAAGCCUUGUUCGUCCUUCACAGCCUUCGUUCUGCUCAUUCUAGUCUGCUGUAAUGUGACAACAUCAAACUAGUGCAUGUGUAAGCAGAAGAGUCCACAUCCACCCAGACCAUUCCAAUGGUUGUUUUUCUAUAGAAAAAGCACUUUUGGUCAGUAAUGCUGGCGCAAGUUAAAAAAACACAAAAAAAAGACUCACAUUGAUAAAGUUUGUGAAAAAUAUAAAAAAGGACUAGUGAGAUGGAGUGGUGAGCUGGAAUGUUUAGGAGAAGAUGAUGUAGAGUGGUAUUUGCAUACAGUUGCACCUGCUGAGACAAAGAGAUGAUGAGUGGCAGAGCGGCUCCUGAUGCUCCUCCCAACCUUCACUGCAGCAGAACUGCUUCGUCUGAUACGUCAGCAUCAGGAGCCAGCUGGACAAAUUCUGAGGAAAAGAGGAAAAAUAUAUUGCAUUUCUAUCAUUCAAAUAAUGUUUUGUAUUUUAAUGUACAAAUAGAAUUUAUUUUUAUAACUUUAAGCAGCUCCUAGCAAAACCUGCUGGUGUUAAAUCUCAAAGACGGGCUUUUAUCUUCCUGCAGAGCAGAAACGGCUCCAUGAAAUCUUCAGUUCGUCUCUGAACCCCCAGAGCUGCACCCCAUCCCACAAACACAAAUACUCCAACUAAGUUCAAACUUUGCUCAUGGAUUCCAGGAAACAGAUGAAGCUGGAAAAAAAGGGGAGUGGUGAGACUAUUGACAUGAUUUUGCACAAACCUGAAAGACAUGGGAAGUGUUUGUUGGGGACAAAAAGGCAGAGAGCAAAGUUGGCAACAGUACCAAGGAGUGAAAGUAGCAUAAAGGGCGUGUCUUAUGGCUGUAGAGUUAAAGUCCAGGUUCCUGCACACGAUGGAUCAGGUUGAUACAGGCUUUUAUGUCAAAGGAUGUGAGUGUGUUGAACUGUGUAGGAGCUCUGUCUGCUAGGGUUCUGAUUGUACAUUACAGAUAGAGUGUAGGAGAACAACACUCCUUGUAUUCUGCUGCUAUAGAACCAGAAAUCCCAGCUACGUGUUAAAACAAAAAGAAAAAGGUGAAAAAAAAUUUAAAUGGAUAAUAACAAUGCUUUGUUUCUUGUUGUUUGCUGCUAUGUUUUGAUUGUUUUUGUUUUAUACAUAUAAAUGUCAAUAUACUGCCAUUCUAGGUUUGAAUUUUCUCAUAGAAAAUUGUUAUUGACAUCCUCAUUUGUUGUUUUGUGUAGAAUAUAUGUGCUCCUUUUUUAUAAUUACAUAAUAUGAUUCUCCAAACAAUUUCCAAAAAACAAGGAAAAAUUAGAUAUAUAGAGAAGUGUUUGAUCCAUUAUACCUCAUGCGACAGUCAAGAUCUAUCUCUGACUUUUAGUCUUUUUGUUUGUUUUAGUUCUUAUUCUAUUUUGCCUGUUGGGUCAGUGCCUAGCAGCUGUGUUCCACCUGCUCAAGGUGAAGCAUCCAUGAUGGAAACCAGCGAGUCCAGGCCAUGCUUUUAUACUGGUGCCAUAACAGAAAAUGGGAUAUCUAUUACUCUGUUGAGUGUUAAGCUGUCUCGGUAAAAAGAGACUUUAUCCCCUUUAGGCCCAUUGAGGCCUUUCUUCCUCCCCCCUUUUUAUAUUUAUAAAGAGAAAAAAAGCUUUGUGCUUCAAUUGCUGAAAUGUCAGUGCGUUGAUUUGAGUUUGUAAAUAGAUUCAUGCUCUGUAAGCCAUAGACUGUUCUUGUUGUUUUCACAAAAUUCUUCUACACAGUUGAGUCUGCUCGAUUGGGACACACAGUGUAUUCAUCUUUGUGCUGACAACACAAUAAAAACAUGAAUUAGAUGAA